AUGAAAACCUUCAUCAAAUCUCAAGAUGAGAAGGUGUGGAGAUCUGUCUUGACAGGUUGGUCAACACCGACUAAGGUUGACGCAAACACUGGUGAAACAACGGUAAAAUUUGAGUUAAAUUGGUCAACUGCUGAUGAUUUAUUAUCCAGUUACAAUAACAAGUCCUUGCACGUUUUGUUCCAUGGUGUUGGUGAAUGGUAUAUUAAACUUAUACCCUCUUGUGAUUCGGCCAAAGAAACUUGGCAAAUCUUUCAAACUCAAUUUGAAGGAACUGCUGAUGUCAAUCAUUCUAGGUCCAUUAUGUUACAAACAAAAUUUGAGGGUCUCAGAAUGUCUGAAAUUGAAACUCUUACUAAUUUUUAUAAGAGAUUGUCUGAUGUUGCUACUAAAUUUUUUGCCUUAGGUGAAAAAUUAUAUGAAUUUGAUUUAGUUCGAAAAAUUGUUCGUGUUUUACCUGACAGAUUUAGCACCAAGCUAACGGCCAUGGAGGAGGCCAAAGAUCUUAAUUCCAUGAAAGUGGAAGAUCUAAUGGGUUCUCUACGAACCUUUGAACUGAAUCAACAGAUUAAACAAAAAGAAAAAAAUGGUGAACUUGAAUCAAAUGAGAAAGUUUUUAAAACUGAGAUUUUUGAUAAAAAUGUUGAAAUUAGCCGUUUGAAAAAAGAGCUUGAUCUUAUUAAUAAAAAUGUUAAGAUGCUUAGUCUAGGAUCUACAAUUUUGGAGGAGGUCCAGAAUGCAGGUCAACGAAACAAUACUGGAUUGGGAUCUAAAGACUCUACAAGCAAAGAGAAAAAUUGUGUUUAUGAUCCAUCAACAUCUCAAAAUAUCUCAUCAACAAAGAGACAGAUAGGUGACAACAAUAUUCUCAUCAAUUUAAAGUCUGUAAAUUUUGGUACAAUCACUUUUGGCGAUGGUGUAGCAGGUAAAGUUCGUGGAAAGGGAACCCUAAAUUUGGAAGGAUUACCUAAACUAAAAAAUGUUCUGUUGGUUGAUGGAUGGAAAGCAAUUCUAAUUAGCCUAGGUAGAAUUUGUGAUCAAGGAUACAUUGUUAAUUUUUCUUGUGACGAUUGUAGUGUGAUUGAUCAAAAUGGAAAUUGUGUUCUAAAAGGAUUCAAAUCAGGUAUUGUUCGUGGUUUACCCAAACUGGGUAGAGAAUCUACUAGUAAGUGUGAACCUUACCAACUUGGUAAGCAAUUAAAGAUCACUGACAAAGCUUUCAAAACUCUUUGUUUAAGAUUAAAACUUAAAAAAGAUUGUAAUAUUGGCAAGAUUGUUAGGAUUCGUAGUGAUCAUGGAAAAAAAUUUGAGAAUGUUGUGUAUGAUCAAUCAUGUAAAUCUUGUGGAAUAUCUCAUGAAUUUUUACCUCCCAAAACUCCUAAGAAAAAUGGAGUUGUUGAGAGAAAGAAUCGCACUCUUCAAGAAAUGGCAAGAGUACUUCCAAAACUCCUUAUGAGAUCUGGAAAGACAGAGACGCAAAUGCCUAAAAUUAUCACUGAUCCCAUUAAGAGAAAACCUUUAGCCAAGUUAAAAAAAAAUCAUCCAGCUGAUCUCAUUCUGGGAGAUUUAGAAGAAAGCAUGGUUACAAGGAAAAGGAUGACAGGAAAAAUGGAGGAUGUUUCUAUCUGGGAAACAACUUGGUGUCAUGGCGCAAAAAAAAAGAAAAUUUUCAUUUUGUUAUCUACUGCCGAGGCCGAGUACAUUGAUGAGCAUCAGUUGUUGUACUCAAAAGUUGUAGAUGAAACAAAUGAUGACUGA